CUGAAAGGGGAGGGCGGGCGGCAGCGGCCGGUCCUCUCCUCUCCUCUCCCGCCCCACCGCCGCGACUCGGGCCGCGCUCCACAGCGGGACUCGCUGCAGUGAUGAACAUGAUGAAGGUGCUACCGUGCCCUGCUGCUCUUCUCUUCCUAGUGGCUGCAUUCAGUCUGGAGCCGUCUCACUGUGCCAAGGUGCUGAUCAUGCCCACCAUAGUCUUUGACAGCCACUUGCGAGUCUUCAUGCGAGUGGCAGAGGCACUGACUGACCAAGGCCAUGACCCUGUGCUGCUACUUCAUGAGGGUCGAGAUUUGGAAACCUACCUGCCCAGCUUCCGCAUGCAGAGGUACUGGGGUAUCUUCAGCACGGAGAGCGCAGAUGCCUGGGUGCAGGAGAAGAUAAAGCGUGUCUUCCAAGGGAAGAUGACCUCUCUGGAGAUGUUUUCCUUUUUGGAGAAGUACCUGGAAAACUGUGACCUAGUGCUGGGAAACUCUACCCUUCUUCAGAAACUCCAGCAUGAGCGCUUUGAUCUGCUGUUGGUGGACCCCAAUGAGAUGUGUGGCUUUAUCCUGGCCCACAUUCUCCAUGUCAAAUAUGCUGUGAUCUCCACUGGUUUCUGGUUCCCAGCAGAGAUUGGUGCAACUUCCCCCAUUGCCUAUGUCCCCGAGUUCAACUCCCUGAUGACAGACAGGAUGGGCUUCUUUGGUAGGACUUGGAAUCUCCUAGUCUAUAUGAUCACUCGUGUGGCCACAAAGCUGGUCAUCCUUCCCAAGUUUGAACGUCUUAUGGAGAAGCACAGAGUGGAGCCAAAGACAUCCAUGUUGGACCUUGUCCAUGGAACUAGCCUAUUCUUCCUCUGUAACGAUGUAGUGCUGGACUUUCCCCGGCCAACACUCCCCCAUGUCAUUUUCACAGGGGGGAUCCUCGCUGAGCCCGCAAAGACCCUCCCAGUGGGUCUGCGUCUCUGGGUGGAAGCAGCAGAUGUGGGUGUUGUUGUUGUCUCCUUUGGCAUCGGGAUUCGAGCUCUUCCAAGCGAUUUGGUGGAGAAGAUGGCUGGCGCAUUCGCUCGCCUCCCACAGAGGGUGGUGUGGAGAUACUUUGGGCAGAAGCCAAGAAACCUGGGUGAGAAUACGCUGAUGAUGGAGUGGCUGCCCCAGAAUGACCUGCUAGGCCAUCCCAAUGUGAAAGCCUUCGUCAGCCACUGUGGGAUGAACGGUGUCUUUGAGGCAAUUUAUCAUGGUGUGCCAGUGGUGGGAUUUCCUUUCUAUGGGGACCAGUUUGACAUCAUGACCAGAGUGCAGGCGAAGGGCAUGGGUAUCCUCAUGGACUGGAGCAGAGUGAAAGAAGAGGAUCUUUACCAAGCUGUUGUCACGGUUAUCUCUGACCCCAGCUACAGAAAAGCAGCCAAACUCAUCUCAGCUCUGCACCUGGACAGACCAAUGCAUGCUCUCAAUAGGACAGUGUAUUGGCUAGAGUACAUCCUUCGUCACAAUGGGGCACCGUAUCUUCGCCCGGCUGUCUAUGACCUCUCCUUAUAUGAGUACUUCUGCCUGGACAUCUUGGCUCUUCUGGUCUUGUGUCUGGCCGGUAUUGGAUUUGUCCUCUACAAAUCUGUGAUGUGGUGCAGAAGGAAGGGGGCCAGCCCUGUGUAUCAGAAUGGCAAUUGCAUGAAGGGCCACUUCACAGAAGAAAAGAAAUUGCAGUAGUGGCUCAGCGUGUUUCAGGGCACAUCCCAUCACUGUGAAACGAACUGCUGCUGUGCCAAGAAAUGUAUGGCACGCAGGCACGGAGAGAGGUGAAAGAUCAGCGGGUCUGGAUGAGAUGAGAGUGGGGCGGGAGGAGUAUUUCAGAGGCCUGUGUGCACACCUCUGUACAGCACCUGUGGGCGAGGGCGCGAAUUCAGGCGUGGGUGGAAGCACUUGGCCAGGAUGCUGGGAAUGGGGCAUGGGUAGGUAGACUUCCAGGGAGGAGUGCAAGUUGUUCCCUUUGUAUUGCAUGUUGGUUUAGAUGCUGGUGUUGCUCUUCUGGCUUUUUGGAUCUUCCAUGGAGGCUCUGGAGGUAGGAAUAGCAUUUCAUGUGUGGCAGACACCAUUUCUCCUCUGCCUUGUUACCAAGAGCCCCAGGAGUCAGGAUUCCUUUAUGUGCAGGUGAGGACCUGAAAUAGAGCUGUGGACAGGGAAGGAUUCUGAAAGUAUUAUCUACAAGAGAAAUAAAUUGGUCUGGUUUAAGUUCUGCGGGUAAACAUUGUGCUUCCUGCUUUGAUCAACCCUCUGCAAUCCUGUUUGUUUGAGCUAAAUUAUUAUUUUUUAAAAUAAAGUGAUAUUCUUUCUCCUGUGUGGCAGUUCUCUGGUCUUGGUUUAAUGUGAACCUGUGAUCCUUGUAACAGGAUGUUGUUCGAGCAAGAUUAAAGUGUUUUUUCCUUCUUGUUGCUACUG